AUGGAACGAUCGGCAGCCCUCCACACGUGUCAUCCAUGCCGGCGCACUAUUCCGUACAGAACAUACGCCGUAAUUCACACGUGUGGCAUCAUAUCCCUCAUGUACCACCAUGCACACUCACUCGCCACAGCAGACACAACUCUGAUGACUACAUCUCUUCUUCUCAUCUCCGACGUCGUUCUCGCUUUCAUGUGGGCCACCACAACGUGCCUCCGGUUCAACCCGGUUCACCGGACCGAGUAUCCUGAUAAAUAUGUUGUUGUUAAACGGAAGGAGGACUUUCCAAAGCUAGACGUGUUUAUAUGCACGGCUGAUCCGUACAAGGAGCCUCCAAUGAUGGUGGUGAACACGGCUCUGUCAGUGAUGGCCUACGAUUAUCCGUCCGAUAAGAUAUCGGUCUACGUAUCGGACGAUGGAGGAUCUUCGUUGACUUUGUUUGCUUUGACGGAGGCUGCCAAGUUCUCUGAGCAUUGGUUUACUUUUUGCAAGAAAAAUAAUGUUGAAGAUCGGUCCCCUGAAGUUUAUUUCUCAUCAAAGUCACAGUAUUGGACUGAUGGAGCUGAGAAUCUUAAGACGAUGUAUGAAGAUAUGAAGAAGAGAGUAGAACAUGUUGUGCAUAGUAGCAAAGUUGAUACUCGUCAUGACCAUCCUACUAUUAUUAAGGUUCUACAAAAUAACGAGACAGAGAUAAUGCCAAACCUAAUCUAUGUAUCAAGAGAGAAGAGUAAAUCUACACCACACCAUUUCAAAGCCGGUGCGCUUAAUACAUUGUUACGAGUAUCUUCGGUGAUGACAAACUCACCAGUAGUUCUAACGCUAGAUUGUGACAUGUACUCAAACAAUCCAAGAACCCCGCUUCAUGCUUUGUGCUAUUUGUCAGACCCUAAGAUCAAUUAUCGUUUAGGGUUUGUGCAAUUUCCUCAGAAAUUUCGUGGACUCAACAAAAACGAUAUUUAUGCAUCCGAGCUCAGACGCUCCUUUGUCAUCAAUAUGGUUGGGUUUGAUGGGCUUAUGGGCCCAACUUACGCGGGCACUGGGUGUUUCUUCAAUCGACGAGCUUUUUAUGGACCCCCGACUAACCCCAAGAUUACUUCCGGUUUAGGAUUUGUGCAAUUUCCUCAGAGAUUUCAAGGAAUAAAUAGAAACGAUAUUUAUGCAUCAGAGCUCAUACAUCCCUUUGCCAUCAAUAUGGUUGGAUAUGAUGGGCUUAUGGGCCCAAUUCAUGUGGGCACUGGGUGUUUUUUCAAUCGGCGAGUGUUUUAUGGGCCUCCGGCUAAUUUGAUUUUGCCUGAGUUAGAUGAACUUGCGCCGACUAGAAUUGCAGAUAAGCCCAUUACGGCCCAGAGUGUUUUGGCAUUAGCACACGUUGUAGCUGGAUGCAACUACGAGCACAACACCAAUUGGGGAUCCAAGAUUGGUUUCAGAUAUGGGUCAUUGGUAGAAGACUACUACACAGGUUUCAUGCUCCAUUGUGAAGGAUGGAGAUCAGUGUUUUGUAGGCCAGAAAGAGCUGCUUUUUAUGGAAGUUCCCCAAGAUGCUUAACAGAUGUAGUGUGGCAACAAAUGCGAUGGUCCAUUGGUCUUCUUGAAAUGGCCUUUUCAACAUAUAGCCCAUUCAUCUAUGGGUUCAAAUCAUUGGGCCUUGUUACAGGCUUAAGCUAUUGCUACUAUGUGGUUUGGCCCUUUUGCUCAAUUCCUCUCACCGUUUAUGGAGUUUUACCUCAGAUUGCCCUAAUAUAUGGGGUUAGAGUAUUCCCCAAGCCAUCAGAUCAAUGGUUUUGGCUUUACAUCUUCUUGUCCCUUGGUGCAUAUGCGCAAGACUUGACAGAUUUUUUGUUGGAAGGAGGAACUUGUCGGAAAUGGUGGAACGAUCAAAGAAUGUGGUUGAUAAGAGGACUCUCUUCAUUCUUCUUUGGUAUGAUAGAGUUCACUCUCAAAACCCUAAAUCUCUCCACGCCUGGAUUCAAUGUCACCAGUAAAGCCGACGGUGAUGAUGAGCAGAAGAAGCGUUACGAGCAAGAAAUCUUUGACUUCGGACCUUCUUCUCUUUUCUUGCCCCUGACCAUAGUGUCUCUCCUAAACCUCUUUGCUUUCGUCUGGGGGCUUUAUCGCCUUUUCGCAUGGGGAGAAGGACUCAGCCUUGAGCUGAUGCUUGCAAGCUUCGCGGUGGUGAAUAGCUUGCCGAUCUAUGAAGCCAUGGUGCUGAGGAAUGAUGAUGGAAAGUUACAAAAGGGUGUUUGUUUCUUAGCUGGGAUACUCACAUUUGUUCUUAUUGUGGCUGGUUACUUUUUCCUCAAGUAA